UAAGAAGGUAGACCACGAGAAUGUAACGUGAUAGAGGAGCACAUCACAUCACCUAAGCUGCCAAGGUCCCCUUCUACUUUAGUCUCUUUCCUCAUCCUUCUCUUCUAUCUUUUUCUCAAAAUCUAUCUUUCUACUGCCACUUUUUAAUCCUUAUCAUUUCUGUAAAACUUUCAAGCCCACUAUUUAUAGCCCUCCUUGUGUAUCACUUUGUUUGCCCCUUUUCAAACUUGUGGCUGCUAUAAUUGUUGCAGUAAGCCACCUUCUAUUCCUGUUAUCCUCUUUAGAGAUGGGAAACUGUCAAGCAGUUGACACUGCAACUUUAGUCAUACAACAACCCAAUGGGAAAGUCGAAAGGUUCUAUUGGCCUGUUACUGCUAGUGAAGUCAUGAAGACCAACCCUGAUCACUAUGUUGCUCUUCUUAUCUCCACCACAUUGUGCACAUCCAAGGACAAUCAAAAUUGCCAAAUUAAGAUUGAAAACAACAACCCCAACACCACCAACCCUGUUCGUCUCACCCGCAUCAAGCUUCUCAAGCCAACAGAUACCCUUAUGCUUGGCCAAGUUUAUAGACUAAUCUCAGCUCAAGAGGUUAUGAAGGGUCUUUGGGCAAAGAAACAAGCAAAGCUGAAGAGAAACUUGCCAGAAUCAGCACAAAAGCCAAAUCUGACCAAAGAAAGGACAGACAAAUCAGCUAGAAGGUCUGAGCCGGAGGACAACCUGGAAACGAAAGGUGAAAGACAAGGGUCAAGGACAGCAUCAAGUAAUAAUGCUUCUGGUGCCACAGCUAAGUCAAGAACAUGGCAACCCUCUUUACAAAGCAUCUCAGAGGCAACCAGCUGAUCUGUGUUUUCAAUCUUUCCCACAUGUGAUGUGAGGGACAGAGGAGCAUUGAGCGACACUCAAACCACCAAAAACAGAUUAAUCAAUCCUUCUCCAUCAUUGCUUAGAUCUGUGGAAAUUAAAUUAAAUUAAAUAUAGUACAUUCCGGGAACCCAGAGAAAACUCAGAGAUCAUAAAAUUCCCUUCGGUUCACCAACUGCCUUCAUGCAUAAUAAUUCUGUAUAGUAAACGUUGACAUAUUGAACAUCAAUUAAUGUAUUCAGAUCUUACUUUCUGGUGAAAACACCCUUCAACAUCAUAACUUCCCUGCUUUUCUUCUGUA